AUGCGCAAAGCAACGACAACUCUAGCCAGCGCUCUGUCAUGGCUAGAGGAGAUGAUGGUUCUCCAGCAUCAACUAAUCCAUGACGCUGAAGCUGAAGCCGAGUUUUCCCAAGCAAUCCCAACCUCCGGUGAAACUGUUACAGCUGAGGAAGUUGAUGCCAUCCCUCGGGAUGAUGACUUUCCCAUCACCUCUACACCUGUUGCUGGUGGUGAUGAUGACGAAGAAGAUGAUGAUGAAGAUGACGAACCUGAUCUUCCAGACUCUGGCAGUGACCUUGAUGGUGAUGAUGACGACGAUAAUGAAGAUGAUUUCACCAUUCAGUAUCAACAUCCAACAACCGCCACCAAAGGAGUCGUCCUUAGGGAUUCUGCAUCCCCGGGGGAGCAAAGGGAGGAAGAGUCCUCUCCAUCAAAGAACCAGGACCCUAAGUCAAAAGGCAAAGGUGUCGUUGAAGAAGGGAACCUGAAG